UCUCUCCUGAGAAGGGCCACACAGAGAGCCCUGCCCCCUGCCCUUAGAGGCCCCUCAGGUCAAGGUUUAGGCAGAUUAGUGAAGUCCUAAGCUGGUUUCCUAAAGAUUUCUAUUUCUGGGAGAGGAGCCAGUCAGCAGACCGCGGACCACACGCCGCGCUGUCCCCAGCACCCAACCCAGGUUACCAUGGCCUCCCUGUUCUCUGGCCGCAUCCUGAUCUGCAACAAUAGUGACCAGGACGAGCUGGAUACGGAGGCUGAGGUCAGUCGCAGGCUGGAGAACCGGCUGGUGCUGCUGUUCUUUGGUGCCGGGGCUUGUCCACAGUGCCAGGCCUUCGUGCCCAUCCUCAAGGACUUCUUCGUGCGGCUCACAGAUGAGUUCUAUGUACUGCGGGCGGCUCAGCUGGCCCUGGUGUACGUGUCCCAGGACUCCACAGAGGAGCAGCAGGACCUGUUCCUCAAGGACAUGCCAAAGAAGUGGCUUUUCCUGCCCUUUGAGGAUGAUCUGAGGAGGGACCUCGGGCGCCAGUUCUCAGUGGAGCGCCUGCCGGCGGUCGUGGUGCUCAAGCCGGACGGGGACGUGCUCACUCGCGACGGCGCCGACGAGAUCCAGCGCCUGGGCACCGCCUGCUUCGCCAACUGGCAGGAGGCGGCCGAGGUGCUGGACCGCAACUUCCAGCUGCCAGAGGACCUGGAGGACCAGGAGCCACGGAGCCUCACCGAGUGCCUGCGCCGCCACAAGUACCGCGUGGAAAAGGCGGCGCGAGGCGGGCGCGACCCCGGGGGAGGGGGUGGGGAGGAGGGCGGGGCCGGGGGGCUGUUCUGACCCCCCAGUGUGGAGGAGAGGAGUGGGGUUUGUUGAUGAACCUCCACCCCCACCCCACCCCCGCACGCCUGUAAUCCCAGCACUUGGGGAGGCCAAGGCGGGAGGAUCGCUUGAGCCCAGAAGUUCGAGAUCAACCUGGGCAACAGAGUGAGAACCUGACUCUACGAAAAUUAAAAGUUAGCCCGGUGUGGUGGCGCGCACCUGUGGCUUAGCUACCCUGAA